CUGUCACUAAAUAGCAAAACUGAAUUUUAACAAUAUUAAAACUAAUAGGGGGUGAAUUAAGUGAAUGUGAAUUAAGCGAUUUCUGCGAGUAAAUAAAAAAAAAUAAGUCAAUGCAAAUACGCAAAUCGGGCGGCAAUCUUGUCUUCCGCGCAAGUUGAAAGAUAUUUGUCAGCUCGCGUCACUCAUCCGAAAAUAACGACCUUUUCCCACGUGUAAUAAAGACCGUGGAACGUGAUUGUUCGCGUUUGGUGUGAACCCAGCAUGCCUGCUGCGAGUUCGCAUUGCAUUGACUUAAUAAUUGUACUCGCACAAAACGCUUAAUUCGCGUUUGGUGUGAACCCAGUGAAAGACAGCUCAACUUUUUAGAGCAUUCGAAAGCACAAAAUAAAAACGCACAUCAACAGGAUAAAUAAAAUACAUAUCGGAACGUUUACAAUCGACCAUAUAUCAUGAUAUAUCGACCACGAUGUUGUUAAAGGCCUAUUGAUUAUACAACAGCAUUGUUAACACUGACAGCACUUACUCUAUAGAGAAUGUGAAGCUGACGUCACGCCCUAUGUUGCGGUGGAGCCGCCAUCUUGGGAGGAUCAUACUCCACUGCUAUUAUUGUUUUGAUAUGUACCGUUACUUGUUUUGUUUGAUAUAUUGAGAAAUUGAAAGAUAAAGAACCAGGGGCUUUUCCAUGAACGACUCUGCGUAAUACUAUUGCAGUUUUUAACACAGCAAGAUCGACCUACCGUAGUUAUAUUUCCUUAUCAAACAGGAAAAACUAAUCACUGCAUUGAACGCACUGGCAGCCAUCCUCCCAAGAUGGCGCAACAUUCAACGCGGCGUGACGUCGAUUAACAAGCUCUAUUCAGAUUCUCGAUUUGUUUUCUGAGCUCUGGACGUUCCUCAAUGCCACACUCUCUGGAUAAACAAAAAAAACCUCUGCUAAACGAUAUCCUGCUGCUUUUGAGCGGGAUAAUCCCGACCGGGCCUUGAUGACGGUUGCUAUGCUACCUCGAUCCUUCUCAGCUUCCCCGGCUAAGCAAGAACGAGAGGAUGAAACACGUGAAGAGGAAACGAGGCCAGAACUGAAAGCUGAAGAUGCGAGUGUGUGUUAAUGAAGAGCGCGGGCUGGAUUUCUGUGGAACGGUAGUUGUGGCUCAGGAUUUCCACCAGUCUUUUAAGUUUGCUGCAGGCACUGGGCUGUUUGUGCUAUUCUCGGCUGUCCUCGUUUGACCCAAGAAUCCAUGCCAAGUUCUUAGCAGGGUUUACAGGAGGUAACAGGGUUAAGAGCCAACAGCAUAUUUCAGCUAAAAAAAAAUAUUGACGACUUUCCUCGCAUCUGUCGCUCGUCUACAACUGUAGAGCGUGCCGGGCAAGCUGUCAUACAAGUCCAAAGUGCGUCAAUGCGAUUAGCACAAACGUUAUUAAGGCCACAACGGGAAAGAAACGCAAGAAAACAGGCGUCUAGACGGGUGGAAAUGCGACCUGCCCAGCAGAUAGCAACACAAUAUACCCCCCGAUGCUGUCUGUCUGAACAUUUCAAUCAAGCGUGUAGUGAUGGAGGCAGCUUAUCUUACCUUUCCAUUUAUCAUUAUUCACCUUUUCUUUCCUCAGAAAUCACUGAAACAAAAUUCAGCUUUAAAAGCAUCAAGAGCUCAGAAGUUCAUUGAGCGUUUAAGAGUCCCUAUCGUGUUUAUUAACUGUUCCAACAGACAACAUUCACUCACCCUCUUGUGCGCCUCUAUCGUGUGAAUUGUACAUUUUGUGUUCGUAUUAUUAGUGAUGAAAUAAAAUCAUUCCUGCUCAGAUGACUCUGUGUUUCUCAGAACAGUUGGCAUGUUUUCAAUCUACAAAUACCUGCUUUCCCAAUGUAACGUUAGCUUUCGGUUCAUGUCAGGAAUGGUUUUCCUCUAACAGUCGGAACGGCCCGUGUAAUGGUUGUGUUAUUGUUGAAAAACCCGGAGCUGACAUGCCAGAAGACACACUGUAUGAGCAUGCUUUUAUUUGUUUUUAAUUUUGGGAAAGUAUCUCAGUUAGGCGGGAUGACAACGCUGUAAAAAACAAUCCAAGCAUUUCUGGAUGUACAGACAGAGCUCAUAAAAAACGGAGAAAAUAAUAACGGAAAACAAACCAAAAGUCUACUUGUGCAUGUCAUAUUAUCACUUUGGAUAGACGGAAGCUGACAGUCAUAACGCACGCGCACACACACACACACUUUUUCAUUGACAAAUGUGGUUUCAUGUUGACAAAGUCUACAAAACUCAAUGGAACACUGUUGUUGAAGGUACAAACAAUGUUGCAAUAUUUCAUAAAUGAUGUUCUUCUCCUCCUUAAUACCGUCACACUCACUGUAUUCCCGAACAGUAUAAUCUACUCAUCAAAAAUAAGCAAACUGUGUUCAACUAUUUUGAUAUCUUGAGUUCCAAGGACACAAAAAUAAGAAGUCACUUAACUCAAAAAAAUUAAUUAUAUCUUCCAAUGACGUCAGAGCGAUUCCCAGCAUGCUUUGUGUGGACUGGAUAAUGGAAGUAAAUCUCGAAGUAAAGUGUUAUUUUAUGUAUUUAUAUCAAAAUUACAAUGGGAGGAGGCUCAUAGUAUUCAGUGAUUUAAAGAGUUUUGGGACAUUAGUGAUGUGAAUGAGGUUACCAUUGUGCAGACGAGUAGAGCAUUUGCUUAGGAGGAAAACAGACUCAUUUCAAAUCAUAUCUGAAGGCAUUACAUUAAUAAUGCUACAGCUGUAAUUGCCUGUUGUUCCUUCAUGACAUCAUCGAUAAGUGAAACUCAAGUAUAUGUAAAAUGAUAAAUGAAGUUUAUUCAAAAUGAAUUGUUUUAUCUUAUCUUAACUUAUCAGGCUUUACAGUGCUGUAUUUUAGAGUAGUGUACUGAAUAAAUCAAAUCGUUUUCAUUCAUUGUGUUAGAAAUGUCCAGUGUUUCUUUGCUUCAGUAGAUCAAAUGUAUCGGACAGUCUUUCAAAACGAUUUAUCUGAUGAAACUGUGUGGAGGAUUGUACGACAGGCAUCAGAUUGUGUUUGGAGGUAAACCGGUUUCUGUGGAAGAGGUAAAACUGAGAUUUAAAGUCAUGAUCCUGUACUGCAUGACAUAUUAUAUCAAGAAAACAAAUCCACUGAACGUGCUCAGAAACAGACAAACAACAAAUACUGAUCAGAGUUCAUCGCGUGUGUGCGUGCUGUUCAUGGUAAACCUGUAUCAGAGUUGUGAAGAUAGCAUUAAGACCUGUCACAAUGCAUUAAAACCAUGAAUGCAACACUGUAAAAAGAGAAAUUAACCUUGCAAUUUUUCUCAACUAUGCAGUAAAAUGUCAGGCAUAAAAAGCGCACCUGUAGUUUGUGAAAGAAUCUAAUAAGCAGCACGACGCAUGCAUUUUUACGACAUUUCUUGAAAUCAUGUUGCAUUUAACGCAUCAAUGCAUUGAUAAAGAGCAUCAUACUGCAUUAAUCUCUUGAUAUCUCUUAAGAUUUCAUGCAUCAUUUCAAGAUGCAACAAAACCAAUGUAUUAAACAGUGCUACACAAAUCUAAAAAAUAGGCUUUACUAAAUGUUGCAUGCAUUUCAACCAGCGAUACAUUCAAAUCUAGUUGAUCUAUCAUUCGUCCAAAAAUCAAACGGGCAGCACAAUGCUGUUGCAUGAAUUUAAACCAGUGCUGCAUUAAAAAGAGCAAUUGGCAAUUCAGCAUGUAGCGCUUUGGUUUUUUCUAAAAAGAUUUAAUGUAUGAUUUCUUAAAAAGUUGCAUUAAACAGUUGCCAAACUUCACUGCACUCAUUGCAUGCAUUAAAAAGAGCGUGCAUGCAAAAUAUGUCGUGCAUUAAGAAGUGAACCUGUCGUUUGUCAAAUAAUUGAAUGAGCAGCUCGAUGCGUCUGAUCGCUUUCUCGGGAUGCAUUUAAAGCAGUAAAGCAUUAAAAAGCGGAAGAGUCCGGCAAUGAAGCGAUCAGCUCGCAUCUCUCUCUCUCUCUCUCUCUCUCUCUCUCUCUCGCUCGCUCAUCGAGACACGGGAGUUGACGGGAGGUAAUCCCUUCCAUGUGAGGAGGCGGCACGAGCGCGGAGGCGUGUUGUUUUCCAUUCAAAUCCUUACUAGUCCUAUAAAAAGCGGCACCGGGAGCUGGAGAGAAGGAAAGAUAAAGAGAGAGAGAGAGAGAGAGAGAGAGAGAGAGAGAGUGUGUGUGUGUGUGUGUGUGUGUGUGUAUAUCCAGUACGCGGUCGUGCACACGCGUUCAUCCAUCACAGCGCUGCUGCCGCCGCCGCUGCUCCGGAUGGGGGGGGCGGAGAUGCUGCAAGGCUCCGCAGGUGUCCACGCGGCGAGGACGCUGAAAAACGCCGCCGCGUGCCUGAUGCUGUUGCCCCGCUUCCUCGUGGCCGCCGUGAUGCUCUGGCUGCUGGACUUCCUGUGCAUCCGGAGGAAGGUGCUGAUGAAGAUGCGCGAGACGAGUCCCGACGACCCGCCGCUCUGCGUCUCCGACUCCAACAAGAUGUUCACGCUCGAGUCGCUGCGCGCCGUGUGGUACGGACACAAGCUGGACUUCUUCAAGUCGGCGCACGUCGGCGGCGCGGCGCCCAACACCGAGGUGGUACCCCUGGACGACAGCGAUCGGGCGCACCGGAUCCUGGACUACGCUCGCGGCAAGAGACCCCUCAUCCUGAACUUCGGCAGCUGCUCCUGACCGCCGUUCAUGACGCGCCUGUCGGCGUACCAGCGCGUAGUCCGCCAGUACGCGGAAAUCGCGGACUCGCUGCUGGUGUACAUCGAGGAGGCGCAUCCGUCGGACGGCUGGGUGAGCUCCGACGCGCCCUACCAGAUCCCCCGGCACCGCUGCCUAGAGGACAGACUGCGCGCCGCGCGCCUCCUGGACGUGCAGGGCAGCGCCGUGGCCGUGGACACCAUGGACAACUCGUCCAACUCGGCGUACGGCGCGUACUUCGAGCGCCUUUACAUACUGAAGGACCAGCGGGUCGUGUAUCAGGGCGGCAGGGGCCCGGAGGGCUACCGAUUAUCCGAACUCAGAGACUGGCUAGAGCGCUACCGGAGCGACGUCGAAGGUUCUAAAGCGGUCGUGCUUCACGUUUAGUCGUAUGUUUACGUUUAGUAUGUCGACGGACGAGUGCUCUGUGGCGUUUUUUACCCACACUUCUGUCUUUACAAUGAAGUCUUUGGCUGUGUUUCACAAAUCCCAGUGACAGUCUCUCUCUUUCUCUUCACUCUAUAUGCUUCACACAAAAAAGUUCUUCAGGUCUGUGUUUUGUUUUGUUUUUCACACCUGACAACGAAGUCACCGGCUGCUUUCAAAACACAGUGACCGACUGUCUACACUCUUAUCGUUGUCAUCAGCGCGCUUUGAAAGUCACUUAAUACAAACGCGAAGCCGUCAUCAGCGUAACAACCGGAGCAUUUGAAAUCAAAUCGUCUCCCAUUCGACGCGCGUAAAACUGCCGCGUUGAACAAAGGAGAAAGAAACCUGUUCGUCUGAUUUGUGGUCUUAAAAAGACGUGUUUUUCAUGCUUUUAGAGUGUCAAACACUGUUUCUAAUGUCAAUGUAUUCUCAGACUUUUAGAGCGCACUGCACGGCAAGUUCUGUAGAGAUGAAAACGGGAUUUAAAUGCAGUUCAGCCCCAAAUCCAAAUUCUGUCAUCGUUGUUCACGUGGCUGUGAAUCUGCGAGUCUUUAUUCAGUGGAACACAAAAGAAGAUAUUUUGAGAAAUGUCUCAGCGGUUUUGUGUUCAUACAGUGGGGUUCAAAAUAUCUUCUUUUGUUUUCUGCCGAUUCAAGAAAGAUUUGCCAUGACAUGUUUUGGAUGAACUCUUCUGAGUUUCUUAAGAACCCGAGUGGUUGAAAAACAACCUACACUUUUAACAUUGCGCGCUGUAUGGGGCUUCAUGAGAUGAAAGGAUCUGGAUAUUUCAGCUUCUUUACAUGAGCUCACCGUCGGGUUUCUGUGGAGAAGGUAAACGAGAUUUAGUAUGAGCUUUCAUUCGAAUCAUACAUGAAAUAUCUACAUACACACGCACACACAGGAAAAGUGUUUUUGGAGGUAGACGGGUCACUGGGUUUGGACAGACCGUUAUCAGGUGAUGGGUGUUUUCAUCUGCUGCUAUAGACUGUCAAGCUCAAUACUGCACACGUCAAGCUUUAGUUUCAUGCAUACGGAUGUUUAUGUUGUCAGUGGCCAUGCGACCGCAUGAUAGCUGUUGUGCUUCUGUUACGGCCAUCCGACCUGCCAUUCGGAAUAUUACAGAAUCUUCGAUCUAUAUGAAACAUAUGCUAUUUGAUUUAUUUUUGUAUGGUAUCUCUAUCCCUCUGUGUGUGUGUGCGUGCGGCCAGCAGGCUGUUGUAUUGUACUCUGGAGUUAUUGUGAAGAUCGGUUUUUAAACGGAUGUAAACCAGAAAACCGAUACUGAUGUAUUUUGACACCAGAGUACAGGACAGAUAAACGGCCUCUAGACGUGUUGCCAAACGCUGUUUUGUAAAUGGUGUAUAUUUUAUUGAACACUUUUUUAAAUAAAUGCGAGAGCGCCCUCUA